UUGUACACAGACAGACGCGUCACAGCUUGUCUGAUCUGUUUUCCAAUUUCUCCCUCUAUCUUUUAUGUCGCCAGCUAUCGAUGUCAACAAACAUGCAGGCUCAUCUGUCUUUACAGACACAACUUGCUUCGAUAAUGGACGUGCUUGCUAGAGCGGCCGUUGACGAGAUCAGUCAACUCUUUUCCGAGAGCUCGGCUGAUUUGCACUUGGAGAUUUCUCGCAGCUACAAAGAAAACGACGCUCUGAAAAUGAGGAUGAAGGUGAUGAAGAGCGAGCUUUUCUCCCUGCGGCUACAAAGGGCGAGUACACCGCGCGGCAGUCGCUUUUCUUUCAGCAGAACUUUAUGCAGGCCUCGGGGGAAACUCACAGAUAAGACACCCGAGCACCAGACAGCCGUUUACAGCAGGGAUGAUGCUCCUAUUACAAUAGGGGAAGAGGAGAUACCAUCCACAGUCAAAACAGAGUGUGCAGAUGUGGAGAGUCCAGAUGUCAUCUUGAUAAAAGAUGAGGAGGGGCCUGAGGAUGACUUUGGAGGAUGUGGGCCAGAUGCAGGUCAUGAUGGUAUUUGUGGUGAGAAUGUUGCCAUGGUGACGCCACAGCCGGAACAUGCCACCCAGAGACUAGGUCACGAUGAGGGACUGUACAGCAUGAACAACCCUCAUGCUCAUGGUCGAGGUGAAGGAGCGCUGUGCAGCGUGACCAGUACUGAGAACUACCCUUUCUUCAGAGCCCCAGAACUGCCCCAGAGUUUGCCCUCACACUCUGGUCUGCUGCCUGACCACACAGUCAACCAUCAGAUGCAGCUGAAUACUAAUUCUAUUGGGGAACCUCUGCCAGGCAACCCCCCAAUGAGGGGCGUGCAAAGUGACAGAGGGGGUCUGCCGAGAGGGGAUACAGGAGGACGGGGUCUGAAAAUCGUACAGCUAGCUUCCCUAGAAACCACCCCAACAACAACCUUGGCAACAGGGGGUGUGACUGUGAGGCGCCCUAGUCAUGUAAACCAGUUCCAGCGCCACCACGUCCCCCACGGUACCAAGCCAUUGUUCUGUAGCGACUGUGGGAAGCGCUUCUCUCGCCGGCUUGACUUGAUCCGCCACCGGGUGGUCCACACAGGAGAGAAGCCUGUCAUAUGCAACCUGUGCGGGAAUUCGUUUGUCAACAAGACGACACUGAGGGUCCACAUGCGUAUCCACACGGGGGAGAAACCGUACAUGUGCUCCUUGUGUGGGAAGGGCUUCACCCAGAAUGGCAGCCUGACCAUCCACCUGAGGACCCACUCUGGGGAGAAACCCUACAGCUGCUCCCACUGUGGAGCCUCGUUCAACAACCCCAGCAACCUGCGCAGACACAUGGUCACACACCCAGAGCAGGCAGGGACACUGACACUCUGACACACACAACCUCACCGGUGGCCAGUGGAGCUUUAGGCUCUUUAUUUUUCUUCAGCAUUCUCUCAUUCUUGUUCUCUCUCGCUCGCUCUCUCUCUCUCAAUUCAAUUCAAUAUAUGCUUUAUUGGCAUAAAUGGGUUGUUGCCACUGUGGCCAAAGCAAUGUAUAUGAAGUAUUACAUAAAUGAACAAUAUGUUUGAGCAACAAUAAUCAUAUACACUGAACAAAAAUAUAAACGCAACAUGCAACAAUUUCAACGAAUUUACUGAGUUACAGUUCAUAUAAGUA